AUAUAUCAGAGCAAUGGAAGUUUUGGGGAAGGGUUCCUGGACGUCGAAUUUAGCGGUGAACUAUACUUAACUAUCCUAUCCCUAAUCCCUAUGCGCUCUUCAAGACCAGUAUCACCCUUCAUCAUCUUCCCGCAGGCCCCUGACCAGACGUGUUCUCUCAUCUUGGAGUUUCGCGUCAGGGCUAUAGCACCAAAUUAGCAAGUGAAAUGAACAAGGUCCAGUUGAACCUUUAAUGCACAUAUCACCAUCAUCAUCCUUCACUAGUAGCAGGAUAACAAACACAAUCACCUUACCCCUUGAAGGAGUAAAACUUCCCCCUUGGGUAGUAUACUUUAAAAGUCAGUAUCAGAUCUUAAGGAUGGCCCCGCGGAAAAAUAUUGUUAGCGCCCAAAACCGCCCAAGUAACUUCGAGCUCAAACUCGCAUAUAAGCAAGGCGGACCGUUAACUCCGGACAGAUUAGCAAAGUCAUACAUAAUAGUUAUCAUAUCUUAUCCAGAGUUUAAAUUGGUCAUCUUCAGUGCUGUAUACCGUCCGGCCUCUGGCGUCAGCCAAGCUUGCGAACAGAGACAUCUGAAAAGAAAUGAGAAGCUCGGCCGCGGAACAGGUGUUGACAAUGCGAUCAGAGACGAUCACAAGGAGGGAUUGACACUUGGUGGAUCUGUCGUAUAUGGCUGGCACAUUGGGAGGUAG